AUGAAUAUUUCUGCUCAAGAAUACACACAAAAUAUCGCUAAAUCCACAUCCAAAUCGACCACUACCACAAAAGUUACCACAUCAUUCGACCUCGCACCAGUCAGCACAGGCUCCCCAGACAUCACCGAUCUCGUCACGCUCAUGCGCUCGCCAUCCACAGACAUCGCAGCAUCACCAGAACGCGAGCAAGAAACACGGACAAGACAGCAAGACGUCGACUCGCAUCAUCCCACGACAACAACGCCCUGGGGCAGCAUAACAGAGGGGCGCCACUAUGUAAACCCCCCUCUCCCCUGGGACUCACCCCAACAAGCCCAGCAUAUCCCAGCAGCCAACACAAAUCCCACCACGCAACUACUGAACGGAACAACAACCCAACAACCCCCGCCUCUCAACCCCCCGGCCCCAAAUUUCUCAGCCAACACAACUUUCCCAUCCACAGCCCGGCCCAUCCCCACCGGCCUCCCCCACAACCCCUGGUUGCCGCGCUCCCCACCCACACCCCUCGCCACGUCCGAGAACCGGGUAAGCGGACGCCGGGCCUGUGCACGCGUGAAUUGCACGACGACGGCGAAUAUCGCGGUGCAGGGGACGGCUGCGGAGCGGCAGAAUGGCGGGUGGUUGUGUUCGCGGCAUGAGGGGGAGUUGGGGAUGAAGGUGGCGGGUAUGUAUUUGGAUUGGUAUGAUAGUCCGUGGCGGAUUGGGAGGAGGUGA